AUGUUACUAGGUGAAGAAAGAAAAUAUCUAUUUUCUGAGAGAGGAGGAGAACAAGAAGAAACACAAAAGCAAAUGGAGCGCGCGCCGGGUUUUCGGUUCUACCCAACAGAGGAAGAGCUAAUAUCGUUCUACCUCCACAACAAGCUACAUGGAAACAGACAAGACCUUGACUCGGUGAUUCCAGUCCUUUGCAUCUACGAAUUCAAUCCUUCCGAUCUCCCUCAGCUUGCUGGAGAACGGUGUCGUAAUGACCCAGAGCAAUGGUUUUUUUUUAUUCCAAGGCUGGAGAGAGAACUCAUGGGUAGAAGACCAACCCGUCUCACCCCUGCAGGGUACUGGAAAGCCGCAGGUUCUCGGAGAUAUGUUUACUCCUUAGAUAACCGAGCCAUCGGCAUAAAAAGAGACAUGGUUUUCUACUUAGGAAGAUUCCCCACUGGACGAAAAACGGAAUGGAAGAUGAAUGAGUACAGGGCUAUUGAGGUAGAUCCUAGAGGUGUAGUUCUGAAGAAAAUACCAAUUCCCAUCAGCUACAGAUUAUUGAGGUUGACCAUUCGUGUAUAUUACAUAAAAGGUGAAAACUCUAGGCCAUGA